UAGGCUGUGGGGCAGCUCCUCCCAGUGGGGCCCUAGGGAGUGGCCGCCUGUCUGUGACACUUACCCUCCAACCUGAUGUCUUCUGUUGAGGGAGCUGGAGCUCCCAGCAGCCUGGGCCCAGUUGGAGCUAGGGGACUGAUCCUACAGGCCUCCAGCUGAGGGCUUUCUGAUGGACCUGCAACUCUGCCUUGCAGCUUGAAGAGCUACGAUGGCAGUCAACAAGGGCCCCACCUUGCCGGAUGGAGAUCUCCCUGAGCAGGAAAACGUGUUGCAGCGGGUCCUGCAGCUGCCAGUGGUGAGCGGCACCUGUGAGUGCUUCCAGAAGACCUACACCAGCACCAAGGAAGCCUACCCACUAGUGGCCUCUGUAUGCAAUGCCUACGAGAAGGGCGUGCAGGGCGCCAGCAGCCUGGCGGCCUGGAGCAUGGAGCCGGUGGUCCGCAGGCUGUCCACCCAGUUCACAGCUGCCAAUGAGCUGGCCUGCCGUGGCCUAGACCACCUAGAGGAAAAGAUCCCAGCCCUCCAGUACCCUCCUGAGAAGAUUGCCUCUGAGCUGAAGGACACCAUCUCUACUCGCCUUCGCAGUGCCAGGAAUAGCAUCAGUGUGCCCAUCGCCAGCACUUCGGACAAGGUCCUAGGGGCCGCUCUGGCCAGCUGUGAGCUCGCCUGGGGGGUAGCCAAAGACACUGCUGAGUAUGCUGCCAACACCCGGGCGGGCCGGCUGGCCUCUGGAGGGGCCGACUUGGCCCUGGGUGGUGUUGAGAAGGUGGUAGAGUUCCUCCUCCCUUCAGCCAAGGAAGACUCAGCCCCUGCUCCAGGACACCAGCAGACCCAGAAGCCCCCCAAAGCCAAGCCGAGCCUUGUGCACAGGGUUGGGGCCCUGGCCAACAUCCUCUCUCGACACACCUUCCAGACCACAGCCCGGGCACUGAAGCAGGGCCAGGCCCUGGCCAUGUGGAUCCCAGGCGUGGCACCCCUGAGCAGUCUGGCCCAGUGGGGCGCAUCGGUAGCCAUGCAGGUGGUGCCCCGGCGGCAGAGUGAGGUGCGGGUGCCCUGGCUGCACAACCUCACUGCCUCCCAGGAGGAGGAUCACAAUGACCAGACAGACACCGAGGGAGAGGAGACAGAGGAGGAGAAAUCAGACACCGAGGAGAACAAGCUCAGUGAGGUAGCAGCCCUGCCCAGCCCACAAGGCCUCCUGGGCAGUGUGGCCCACACGCUGCAGAAGGCCGUCCAGAGCACCAUCUCAGCCGUGACAUGGGCACCUGCGGCCGUGCUGGGCUCAGCAGCGAGGAUGCUACACCUCGCCCCAGCCCGUGCUGUCUCCUCCACCAAAGGGAGGGCCAUGUCCCUGUCAGACGCCCUGAAGGGCGUCACUGACAACGUGGUGGACACAGUCGUGCACUAUGUCCCGCUCCCCAGGCUGUCGCUGAUGGAGCCCGAGAGCGAAUUCCGGGACAUCGAGGAGGCCGGGCGCCGGGAGGCGGAGCGCAGGGCGUCUGGGGCGCCGGAGCCCACGCCGCGCCCCCCGCAGCCCCGCGGCGGCCCGCGGCCCGCGCGCAGCCCCGGGGCGCCCCCCGGCCCGGGACCCGAGGACAGGCUGGACGCGCCCGCCGCGCCGCGCCCCGCCUUCCCGGCGGCGGCCCGCGAGAAGCCCACGCGCAGGGUCAGCGACAGCUUCUUCCGGCCGAGCGUCAUGGAGCCCAUCCUGGGCCGCGCGCAGUACAGCCAGCUGCGCAAGAAGAGCUGAGCCGCGCGCCGCCGCGCCCCGGAGCUGCCGAGGCGCGCGGCGUCCCGGCCCCGCCUAAGGGCUUCGCGGUCACAACCUGUGUUUAAGAAGCAUCCGAGCAGGGCUUGCUUUGACUCCACGCUUGGCGGCUUUGUGUUUUGUUCUGUUCUGUGUUGUAAACGAAGGGAUUACUUGUCUGACUUGAUCUCUCACCUCUUUAACCAAAGUUGCGGCCAAAUGACAUUUGACAAUUUCCAAAAUUAAGCAGGAGUCUCUGACGUGUGUAUAAAGGCCUGAGCUCGGGGAUUCCUCUGAGUAUUCCUCCAGGCUCCUGCUUCGAAGGGAGCGUCGAUUAGGUGCAAAAGCGGUUGUAUGUUCAUAUUAAAGACGCCCCCGCGCCCCGCUUACUGAGCGCGCGGGACUCCGCAGGGUGAGCCCCGGCCUGAGCUCUGCAGCGCCACCUCCUGGCUCACGGCCACACUGCCACUCGCAUCCUGCCCGCCUUGCCGCCGCGCAUUCACUCAUCCACCGCCCUUUGAAGGCGGGCGCCCCCCGCUGCCGGGGGACGGCAAACGGCGACUACCUAGACCAUACGUGUGGACGCUAGUAGUCACAAUUCAUUCCAAGCCCUAUUUCUGAAAAUUUCAAUAUUUGGUAAACCUAGGGAAUGCGUAUAUAUAUUUUAAUUCAAAUAUUGCAAAAGGGUGUGUGUCCUCUCUGACCCAUUCCCCUUCACAAAAACCACCGCGCUGCCAGUCUCUGGUGUAUCCUGGAGGUCCAGGCCGCGCAUGUGAAACCCAUGUGCGGAGCCCCGUUCCCCCCCUCCCCGCCCCCCGUUUUGCCCACACAGCUGCGGGAUGAUAUCCUGCUUUCUUGAUUGAACAAUACAUCUUAGAGAUCUUUUUGUUUCAGCACCAUAAAUCCUCCUUGCUCUGUUUAAUGGCCAUGUAGUAAGUGUUUCAUGAUGUAGAUGUGCUAUCCGUGGUUUCCUAUUGAUGGAUUUUUAGGUUGUUUCCUUUUUUUUUUUUCUUUUGGUCCUGCAAACAGUGCCUCAAUAAAUGUCUGCAUAUAAAA